AGACCGAUGCCACUGUGGUCUGGAUCUCGAAAAAGGUGGCCAAAAAUCGAAAAAAUGAAAUUCGUCAUAAUGAGUUUAGUAGCAUAGAAUCUUGUAGAGAGGGCCCUGCUGCAUGUUAUUCCAAAGGGGAAGUGAGAUAUCUUUUAUACCUGAGGACCCUGAGGUUAGCUACGUUAGUUCAAAGUGACCGUUGUCGGAACACGUGAAAGUUACGCGUAGCGUCUCCGAAAUAUCACUUACGCACAUUUCAAGUGCGUGUAACGUUUUUUUGACUCGAAUGUCCUUUCUCGAGUCUCAAUUCUGCUUGAUGGAGGGUGUUAAAGAAGAAUUGUGUAUUGAUAGAGUAAUCUGCACUCGUCGAGAACUGUUCGAGAUCAUACGGAACGAUUUGAAGUCGAACUUGGACACGCUACUUGAAUGUUUGGAACAACAUUUUGCUACAAAAGUAGAACGUUUUCAAAUACAUACCGAGGAUAGAAGAACUUUGAAGUUUCUGUUGUCCAAAAUUAAAUGGAGAUGGAAACUAUCUCAAAGAUCAACAAACCGCUUUCUUCGAAACAAUGAAGAGUGGCUUUCUGCUUCCAUGAUUAUUAACAAUGUUUGUACGACUGAUGAAAAACCUGCGGAUUCGAGUACGGCGACAAUGAGUACAGCAAAAUCAAAAUCCACGGAAUCGAAGAAGCGUAGUCGACCAUGUACGGAGUUGGAGAAAGCAAGUGAUCGAACCAAAAGAAGAAUAGCCACUGACUUACGUAACGUACUAAGCACAUCGGAAUUAUCGUCGGCUACUCAAAUGAGCCUUCGUUCUUCUGGGGCCGCUAGUGCUGACUGCAUCAUCAAAGAAAUCACUACAAUGUCACCAACGCGAGCUGAUAAAUACAGAACAGCGUUAAAAUUAUCUGCAACUCCCCAUAUUAUUAAAAUGUCUGCCGAUGAUGCAUUGUCCGAUGUCGUUGAAGGAAAGUUAUCAAAAUAUCAGUACAUGCUUAUUAGAAAUUCAAUGAAAAAACACAACGCUCUUAUAUAUCCCGCUUACGAAAAAAUUUUAGAAGCCAAAGUUCAAUGUUACCCAUCAAAUAUUCAGAUAACUGAGACUCAUGCGGAAGUCAGUGUACAAGCACUCUUAAAUCACACAUCUGAAAGAAUUUUAUAUGUUCAAAAUGACACUAUAAAAGAAUUAUGUCCAGAAAUGUUGAAAAAUGUCAGGUUGAUUUUAAAAUGGGGAUGCGAUGGUUCUUCAGGGCACAGCGAGUACAAACAAAAGUUUACUGAUGAAAGUAGUUUGGACGCUAAUGUUUUUAUUACUUCAUUAGUUCCAUUGCAACUGGUAUCUACGGAUAAUCAAUUUCAAAAGGAAGUAGUGAUAUGGAAAAAUCCUGCGCCUUCGUCACCUCGUUUUUGUAGACCUAUAAGGCUACAAUUUUUACACGAGAAUGUAGAGUCUAUUUUAAAUGAAAAGAAGUAUAUUGAAGAUCAAAUUGCGUCUCUUCUUCCUUUUGAAACUGUGUGGAACGGAAAAGAAAUAAUAAUAUAUUACGAAAUGCUUUUUACCAUGAUUGAUAGCAAGGUCUGUAAUUCUAUAACGUCUACUACAUCAUCUAUGCGCUGCUAUUUGUGCGGAGCAACGUCACAACAGUUUAAUAAUCUUGAUUUCGUAAAAAAUAAGGUAAUUGACGCUUCUAAUUUACGUUACGGAUUAUCAACGUUACACGCUUGGAUCUGUUGCUUUGAGUACUUGCUACACCUUGGAUAUAAACUUGAGAGUAAAAAAUGGCAAUUGCAAUCAACGGAAGACAAAAAUAUUUGCGAGAUUCGGAAAAGAAUAAUUCAGAAGGGGUUUAAGACGCAGCUAGGGCUUCUUGUUGAUCGCCCAAAAGUAGGAUACGGCAACUCCAACGACGGCAAUACGGCUCGUCGUUUUUUUGAACAAUCAUCAGUGUCUGCUCAGAUCCUGGGAUUGGACGAAGAUUUCAUUCAGCGAUUUCACGUUAUCUUGCAGGUCAUGUCAUGUGGCUAUAACGUGAACGUUGAAAAAUUUCAGAAAUAUUGUCAUGAUACUGCGGAAAUGUGCGUAGACAAGUUUCCUUGGCAUUACAUGUCUACGACAGUUCAUAAAAUUCUAAUACAUGGUGCUCAAAUAAUAGAAUCAGCCGUAUUGCCAAUCGGUCAAUUAUCUGAAGAUGCUCAGGAAGCCAGAAAUAAGGAUAUCAAAGAAUAUCGUCAAGGGUUUUCCAGAAAACAUUCACGCACAAAUACAAUGCAAGAUGUGUUUCAUUGGCUCCUGGUAUCUUCGGAUCCACAUAUUUCGAGCUUGAGAAAAAUGGUUCCCAAAAAAAGUAAAAAUUUUUCAUCGGAGGCCCUGGAGCUUUUAUUUUUCCCUGAUGAUGAUGAUGAUGAGUCUGAAAAUUUUCUAGAAAUUUCUGAUCAGCAUGAUACUGACUUUGAUUUCAAACAUGAGAAUUAUCCCGACAGUGAUAGCGACUGAUUAAUUUUUUUAACUAUACGUAUUAUUGCAUAAGAACUGCUACUCUGACAAUUUUUUUGAAAUAAAAGUCAAUCAAACCAC